AUGUUAAUAACAAUAAUAUAUUUGAAUACAGUCAACACCGCAGCUGGAACAUCAACAGAUAUGGAACAACAAGAACAGAAACGAUCUCUUGCAGGUUUCUUCGGACGAUUUAAUGUUAAUCCUCACUAUCUCUUGACUAAUCGUCUAUACCAUGGAAAUGAUGUUGAUACAGAUCUGUUGGACGAAAAACGACAAUGGAACAAAAAAUGGGCCAAAUAUACCCAAGGAUCCCAGUCACCUUAUACUAUUGCAUUUCCUGCUCUUAUCCGUACACGUCGAUGGACCGAACAAGAACAGUAA